AUGCGUGCUACCUCCUCCUUCAUCGCGCUAUCUCUCGCGCUCUUCGCGGCCGCGCACCCUCAUCAUGAGCUUUCGGUCCGCGAAAUUGCGCAACGUUCUGCCAUCAACAAGCGCUGCGCUGCAAAGGCAGGAGCUUUCACCCAGGAGCGCAAGAAGCGUUCGCUCAAGAAGCGUUCUCUCGGCACCAGCAUCAUCCCUCGCGACACAUCCGUGAACAUAACGACCGAAUCGCCGCAUUACGCUACUAUUCAGAAUGAUACCUGCCUUCUCGUGCCUGAAGUCACCGCAGGACCCUAUGUCUGGCCGAGGAGUGAGACCCUUAGGCAGAACAUGGCUGAAGACCAGGCUGGUAUCCCUCUGUACCUAGAUAUCGGUGUAUUGGACGUCAACACUUGCGAGCCUGCACCCAACGUCCUAAUUGACAUGUGGCACUGCAACGCAACCGGCAGCUACUCUUCCUUCACCGGGCUCGAUCCCAACACUCCUUUCGAGGAACUCCUCGAUCAACUUAACGUCACCAUCGGCGAAGGAGAACUUGAUCUUCAUACGGAUGCCACCACCUUCCUGCGUGGUAUGUGGCCUACCGAUGACAACGGUGUGAUGGAGAUGCAGACCAUUUACCCUGGCUUUUACGUCGAACGUGCUAUCCACAUUCACGUUCAAGCUCACACGGAAUGGACUGUGCGGAGCAAUGGUACCAUCGUUACCUCCAACACAAGGGCUACUGGACAGAUCGGCUUCAGUGAGGAGAUGAAUGAGAAGAUCAUGGCACUUCCCCCCUACUCGCAGCACACGGAGAUCAACAGGACGACGAACGAGGUAGACAGCAUCUUCACCGGAGAAACUUCCUCUGGUUGGUCUUACGAGGUUCAGAUCGAGCCUUUGGAUGGUGUGGAUGAAUCAAACGGUAUGGUGGGUUACAUCACCUUUGGUGUCAACAUGACUGCAACUGAGAGCGGCUCGGGUGGCGGUAUGGGUGGAGGCCCGUCUUCUUCUGGUAUCUCGUCUGGCGCUGCUGCUCCUACUGGCGCUUAA